AUGCGAUUCUUCAAAUCCUUUCCGGGAUUUCUUCACAGACGUUCUAGAUCUGACUCUUCCAUUCCUAAACCCAAUCCCGCCUGGGACCACAUUCUUCUAAACCGACCUCAGUCGCUAGAUGCCUCAGAAGCUGCGUUGCUCGCCGAUGCACACGUACCCGCCAGUCCUCGCGCGUAUGUCUCGCAUGCCGAUUCCAGAAAUGCUCUGUUUGAGCUGGAAGCUGCAAAUCGCCUACUCAAGACUGACUUAUGCACUUGGUCAAAUAAAUACUACAAUCUCAAGUCUCAACUCGAAACUACCCGCAGCGAUCUAUUUUCUACACUGCAUCAGAACUCUGUCCUUGAGCGCGAAUCUCAUUUUCAAAGAGCAGAUCUUCGAGCGCUUCAAGAAAAACUUAUGCACUAUGAAAGGUACCUCGAGCUGAUUAUCAAUGUAAGCCUGCAUCAACGGGUCUUGGGCGAUGCUCACGCAGCCGUGCGGGCUGGAAUCGAUCCCGAUCAAGCUCUUGUUGACGCCAUCAAGCAAGCCGCCGCCGAUCCAGGCAGUGCCUGGUCUUCGAUCGUUCCUCGAGUUGCUGGGUCGCGUACCCCCGACGAAUACAAGUCCUCUUUGAGUCUCACUUUGAAGACUCGCAGGGAUUUACGAGACGCAAGAAAGAUUGCCAAGUUCUGGAAACAGGUUGCAGCGGAGGCGGGUAAGAGCGAUAUCGUGACUCCGUCCCCCUCCAAUGUUUCCUCCAUCCACGAUGCUCUUCCCCCUCAACGCCAGCGAGCCGUUGAAGAACUGAUCUCGAAACGAAGAGCAAGCAUGGCCCUCCAUCCUGCAAACGAGAACGAUAUCGUUGGAGCCCCCAUCGUUUCUGUUUUAUCACUGCCCGAGACCGCUCAUUCGUCCGACUUGGGCUACGAACCUCCUUGUCUCUCACCGUUGGCCAGCGAAUCAUUCAAGACAGAAAUCGCCGGAUUCUCCUCCAACCAGCGUCUUUUCAAACGCACUGUGUUCCAGUCGCGUGGUCGGCCUGUCCUUGCACUGCUCGAUCAGAACGUCAAGAACACUAGCGUCUCGAUUAAUCGUAAAAAACCGGUAGCUAAAAGAGGACAAAGAGCCGAGAAUAUGCCCAUGACUGUGGGUCAAAUUUCUGUCUUAAUUCCAAGCUCGUGA